ACGGAACGACAAAGUUAAGAUCAAAAGCACGAUGGCCUCCAGCACAAAGGACGGUAUUACCAUAAGGAUCAUGACGAAAGAGGACUACCCAAGUGUAAAAGCAUUCAUGAAGGACGACUUUUUCCAGUCAGAGCCACUGUGCCAGUCUAGUGGCGAAAAAGUUCACAGCCAACAUGAGGAGGCUAACGAUGAAUAUCACCUGUCGAUGAUUGCUCAGGGCACAUGUCUGGUGGCCAUCGAUGCGAACAAUGGAGGACGGCUGGUAGGACUGGUACUAGCUGGUGCACAGUUUCCCGAGGAUUUGGAGAAGCAUCGCCUUGAGGCGGAGUCCAUGGAGCAGAACUUUUGGGGUCGCAUCUGCAAAAUGCUGUCUAAAAUUGAACGGGAGGCCGAUCUCUUUGAGCGUUUUGGCAUCUCGAAACUGCUCUACUCCCACAUUACCAGUGUGGAUGCUUCAAUGAGGGGCAAGGGACUGGGUUCACGACUCGCUGCCACUUUGAUGGAGGUGGGUCGAGCUAAAGGAUUUCCCGUAAUGGUGGCCUACUGCACGAGCUUUUACUCCGCCCGCCAGAAGGAGGCACUUGGGAUGAAGUGCGUCCAUUCGCUCUCCUACGCCGAUUACAAGGGCGAUCAAGGACGACCUAUCUUUACACCCGCAGAACCACACACAAUGGCUCGAGUUAUGGUCAUCAAACUGUGAUUAAAGUGGCUUAUACACAAAUGUGAUGUAAAAAAGAUGAAAAUCAUCAAUGAAAAGUAUUUAGGGAGGUUUUCAACAAUAA